UAAUUCCCGAUCCCGAUACGAGCUCGUCUCCCCCUCUCCCUCCCCUUCCAGAGUUCCAUCCCACCCGAUCCCACCGCCAGUCCGUCCGGGACUCUCCUCUCCCCAAGACCCCAACGCGAGGAGCCCAGGCGGCCAUGGACUCCAGCACAAGGAACUCAGGCAAGGUGUUCGACAGAAUGCCUCCAUGCUCGUCGAACCAAGAAACCCAGCGGCGGCUCGGGUCAUGGACGGCGGUGGAUUUCGGCGCCGGCACAUCUGGCGAGGUGUUAGACGAAACACCCCUUAAGAGGUCAAAGCUGGAGACUGACUUGGCGGUGGCCUCGUGGGCGAGCCUCCCGUUGGACAUCCUGGUCGCCAUUAUGGGCCUCCUCCCGUGCUUCGCAGACUGAGCGAGCGUGGGCGCCGUGUGCCGCCACUGGCGCUCCGUCGGGUGCUCCAACAUCCUGCUCGGCCUGCACCCUCCGCUGCCGGUGCUGGUUCUUCCCAGGUUCAGGCUCUGGUGCUUGUGUUCUGGGGUGCCGAUGAGGGCCACUUGGCGCGUCCAGAUGCCGCAGGAGGUGGCAGCAGAUGAUGUCCGCUGUGUUGGCUCUUUCCAAGGAUGGCUUGUGGGCGUGGCUCCUGUCAAUGAUCGUGGGGCCUAUUACAGAAAAUUCGAUGGCGAGUGCUUCAUGGUGAAUGCUUUCUCACACAAAGUGGUGCGUCUGCCACAUCUGAGCACUUUCAAGCAUGGGCUUUCUGGUUACUCUCAUAAGGCUCUCCCCAUUAUCCCGGUCAACAAUGGCUUCGGUGAGGUGUACUUCACAACCAAUGACACAUAUACAAUGUCGCUCCGCAAAGUGGUACUAUCUGCUUCACCUGACUCAGGGUCCAAGUGCAUCGUGGUUGCGUCAUCAUUCCACACCAUUACACAUACAGUUGCUCUCUGGCAACCUGGGAUGAAGUCUUGGCAUGUUUGCGAUGGCCUCCCAAUUGUUGGGCCCAAAGAUUUUGCCUUCUACCAGGGGAAGCUGUACGUGCUCUUGAGGUUCAUUCCACGUCUCUAUGCCUUUGAACUCAAGGAGGAUGAUCGUGGGGUCGUUGUCUCUCGUGUUGAGCAUUGUGGGAUUGAGCCACUUCAUGAACACCGUGUUCAGGAUCCUGGUUUAUUGAGUUGCAAUAUUGUGGUGUGGCGUGGCAACCUAUUAUUAAUCAUCAGAAGGUAUGAUACUACUGAUAGGUUCGGUCCCAAGCGCGCCCUUCAUCAAGUUGAAGUGUUUGCACUGGACUUCAGCACAAACCCUUGUGGACUCACAGAGAUACACAGCUUUGAUGGUGAUAGUAUCUUUGUUGACUCAUGCGGCUGCAAUUCCUUUCCUGCUGGUCUGUAUGAUGGAGUUGAAGGUGACCUUGUCUACUUUGUCGAUCAGUAUAGUAAAUAUGAGUAUGAGGGCGAUUGUUUCAACCCUUCUUAUGAUACAUUUGUGUACAAUGUGAGAAAUGGUACAACAAGGCCUUUUGCUGUCAAGUUAUCACCACAUAACUUUGGGGCACCAAGGGGUAAGCUCGAUGUCCCGUUGUGGUUGCUAACCUCCAAAUGAGCUGCUGCUGAGCAAAUCUGUUUAGGCGCUUUUGGUGCAGCCUUUUGCUGCCUGCGUUCUGAAUAUUAUGGUGCUGCCGUGUGGCAUCUCCAUUUCUAGCUGCAUAUGUUAUGAGGGAUGUCAGAAUUGUAGAACUAUAAUUCUUGAAUGCUCAUAUGUCUCCAGUGCUUCUACAUGCAGAGUGUUAAGUGGCACAUCUGAUGUUGUUCUGUUUCUCUUUUCUGCUUUCUAUGUCAGUGAAUACACCAGUGCUGUCUAUGACUGUAUGUGUAUGAAGCAUUGCUGGAAUAUUAUGCUAAGAGUGGUGGCAUGCUGUCUCUUUGAGCGUGAUCUAAUCAGAUAAAGAUAUUGUGUAAAUGGUUGGAAUAAACUUGCUUCCUUUUUGUAAUAGAACAGGACAUUGCCAUA